AUGCGUACGCUCGCGCGCCCCGUCGUCCCGAUUCGCACCCCAGUUGGACGUAACGUGUCACGCGCGUCGUCUAACCGUGCGUCGAACACAACGCUCAAAGCGUCGUCGACGAACAACGAUUCAGAAUUAACAGCGCCCAAGUUGACCAAGCGCCAACUCGCGCGUUGGGCUCUCACCGCGUGCACGGCGCCGCUGUGGAUCGACGUCGGGAAGGACUUGGGUUUCUUCACCGGGAGCGACGCGGAGUACCCGGAGUUGAUCGUCCCGGGCGCCGGAGAGGCCGUCGCCGAGUUCGCGGCGGGAUGCUUUUGGUCGGUGGAGAAGACUUUCCGAGCGCUCCCGGGGGUGACGUCGACGCAGACGGGAUACAUCGGUGGGUUCGUCGAUCGACCGAGGUACUUUGAUGUCGCGGGCGGGCGCACUGGACACGUUGAGAGCGUGAGGGUGGUGUACGACAAGUCGAAUACAAGUUACGAGGACUUGUUACGAGCGUAUUGGCGGUCGGUGGACGCGACGCGAGACGACGGGCAGUUCGUGGAUUCGGGAGAGCAGUAUCGACCGGUGAUCUGGGCCAUGGAUGCCGCUCAAAGAGAUACGGCGGAGCGUUCUCGAGAUGCGCUCAUGCACGCAAACGUGUACGGGAAGCCGAUCAAGGUGUCGAUUACGGACGCCUCGGAUAAGACGUUUUGGCCGGCCGAAUUUUAUCAUCAGGAGUAUUUCAUCUCGCACAAGAAUAAGUAUGAUUUCUACAGUUCUCUCUCCGGACGGGAUGAGUACAUCGCCUCGGUCUGGGGCGACGAGCGCUCAGCGGCGAGACGUAAAAUUUGA